GAAUGAAUAAAUGUAAAUGUACUUUUAACUAUAGUAAAAUGACCAGAUACAGGAUUUUUUUUAAACGUACAAUAGAAAUUUUUGUUCACAAUAGUUUAUUACACCGUCCUACAGUUUACUACUGUUUACUACAUCAAAUACAGUACACAACAUGUAUUAGCCGAAAUGCGCAAGGAUAACAGAAAUGGACUUUAAGACAUGCAACCCUUUAGAAAGUGAGUUCCAGACCUGACACAUUAAAUCGGUCAAUUAAACAUCUAUCCGUAAGUAUAAUGACACUGUGAACUGAAGGAGUGACACUGAGGGUCAUCGCACUCUGACCUUGACUGUGGAGGAUGAAAGAUCAGCUGUGGAUGGAGAGGCCGUGACGCUGCGCUGACGUGGCGUGGCGUGGCCAUCAUCAGCACCACACCGUGGAAACCCGUGAGAGAAGCACAAGAGGUUCACAUCUCUGUCCUGCGGCACUGCAGUCACUCGCACUAGAGGAAUAUCGUCCGGUACAGACUCAACGAUGGAGGUUCCGCGCGUGGGACAUAGUGUGAGCAGCCCCACGAGUCCGUGUGUGGACAUGAUAAAGAAUCUGAGUCUGGAUGCCAUCCAGCUUUGUGAGAGAGAAGGGAAUAAGUCUCUGGACAGCGGCAUCGCUGAGAUGGAGGAACUCCCUGUUCCCCAGAACAUCAAAAUCAGCAACAUCACGUGUGACUCCUUUAAGAUCUGCUGGGACAUGGACCCAAAGGCCAGAGAGCGCAUCACACACUACUUCAUCGACCUUAACAAAAAAGAAAACAAGAACGCCAACAAAUUCAAACACAAGGAUGUUCCCACUAAACUGGUAGCGAAAGCGGUUCCUCUGCCCAUGACAGUGAGAGGACACUGGUUCCUCAGUCCACGUACUGAAUACUCUGUUGCUGUCCAGACCGCUUCCAAACAGGGUGACGGAGACUACGCCGUGUCCGAAUGGAGCGAGAUCAUUGAAUUCUGCACAGCCGAUUAUUCUUCUGUUCAUCUCACGCAGUUGCUGGAGAAAGCUGAAGGUAUCGCCGGGAGAAUGCUGCGCUUCUCCGACUUCUACAGAAAUCAGCAACAAGAGUAUUUUGACCAUGCCAGGGAGGCCCAGAACAACAAGAUGUUGCCGUCAGUGAAAGACAACAGCGGCAGUCACGGUUCACCCAUCAGCGGCAAGCUGGAGGGAAUCUUCUUCAGCUGUAACACCGAGUUCAACACAGGCAAACCUCCGCAGGACUCACCGUACGGCCGCUUCCGAUUCCAGGUGCCCGCCGAAGCGCUCUUCAACCGCAACACAAACCUUUACUUUGCCGACUUCUACUGCAUGUACACCGCCUACCACUACGUGAUCUUGGUGAUCGCUCCGAAGGGCUCUCCUGGCGACGAAUUCUGCAAGCAACGCCUGCCGGCACUGGACAUCGCCAGCAACCGCUUCCUGACGUGCACGGAGGAUGGAGACGGGCGGCUGGCGUUCCACCACGCUCAGGAUGUCAUCCUGGAGGUCAUCUCCACCGAUCCCGUGGAUCUGAGCCUGGGCACGGUAGCCGAGAUCAGCGGUCAACAGGUCAUGAGUCUGUCCACAGUCAACGCCAAGAAAGACCCCAGCUGCAAGACUUGCAACAUCAGCGUGGGACGUUAACCUUUCCGUCGCCGCUCCUCCUUACCCAGAAUGCUUUUCACAGCAUGUGUCUUCUGACGAAACGCUCCUUUCUUUUACUAGCGUAUCGCUCCUGACCCCAGUCGGGCUUGAUAUGUCCAUCACACUCCUGUCAAUCAAACUGCUUCUUUAACCUUAUUGGCUGUUGAACCCCUACUGAUAUCCCUCCCAUUAGAAAGCGGCAUCAUAACAGUUAUUCAACCAAAGUUAUUCCAAUUUGACACAAAUGGCGUCACCGCGAUUUCAAGAGGCGUUGUGAACGUCGGGCGGACUGUAGCAUGACUGCGACUGUAAAGAAAACCAUCGACUGUUCUUCGGCAGUGUUUCACGUUAUUUAUUCCAACCCAUCCAGUAUACUGUGAUCUACCAUAUAACAAACGUGACGUGUAGAUAGAAAAAUAUUUAUUUUUUAACCAGUGAAUAGAAAACAUAGACCGAAACGGAAGUGCACGAUACAGAAGACUGGGGGGGGGUUGAUGGAAAAGAACGGAUUCUGAGAGAAGCAAAUAUAUAGAGAGAAAUAUAUUUACUCUAUAAAACAAUGUAGAUUUAACGUGCACUAGCUAACAUUCAAAAGCUACAUUUGUCAUUGUGGAUGUACAGCAAAUAAAGUGUUGAGACACACUAAAACCACACCUGAUUGUAGCACAAUUCAACAGUUCACGCUUGUUGGCAUGCAAAGACACUACACAGAGAGAUUGUAAUAGUUCAUUGCAUUAGAGCCGUCGUAGAACUAAAAAGAUCGACUGAGAGAAGCUACUUGAGCAGAAUUGCACUUCAAGCGCAUUUAUCCGAUUCUUAUCAACAUAUCUCCUGAUAGAUGGGCUUCAGUAUUGAUUUAAACUUUAACGUGAUCGGACAGUGUCCAAGUGUUCAUUUUAACUGCCUUCAUGUCACUGAUUGUUUGUGAGAGCAACUUUAAACUCAACAGAUAAUGUUCUUCUCUUUUAGGAUAGUUAUCUUUGCAAAAAUACAGCCUUUAGCUUUCUUCAUCUCUUUGCUGGAAUACAGAAUAGUAUUCUGUGUAUGUUUCACACCAUGCAAUUAAUGCUACAAUCUGUAACCUUUUUUGUUAAUAAUAAAUGAGUACGUAACAAAUUCUCUCUUCGCCUUCCUAUGACUCCACAGUAAGUUCAUAAUAAUGAUUUCUACCUUGAGCUCUUCGGUACGAUUUCACUCGAGACUAAGCCGCAGUUUCACAUGUCAAAAAGAGAUGGCGAUAGAGAGGCAAACGUUACAGAUUGCAGCUUUAACUUGCGUCCGUUUCUACAAUGGCUGUCGCUGUAUUUAUACGUUUGGGAAAGCGAUGAAACUUGCAUACGGCAGUUUUAAGUGCUCGGAGUUGAUUUCUGUCGAGAGUCUUGCAUUAUUCGGCAGUCUCUGAGAAUCACGGACCCUCGGCCGCAUUCCUAAUUCCAAUCAUAAACUAGCGUCACACCCACGAGCGAGGAACUGUGAAAAUUGCAUAUGAUUUAGACUUUGGUUAAAAAAAUCUCCUCUAAAAAUAAAGUGCCAUAUUUCAUUAACAUAGCUGAAUACUCUGUGUUUCCUCUUGCCCUUUAAAAUACAAGUGAGGUUUAUAUCCAUCUGUACACUGCACAGACAUUGAACGCUGUGUUUAUGUGAUAAUAGCCGUCCAUCAGAAGGCUUCCAGUCUAAGACUUGGUAAAUAACAUUAAAGUGCAUUUCAGCAUCGUUAUGGCACAAAUAUGUCAAAUGCACGACUCCGUUUGGUCCGAACGUGAGGUUGAAUAUAGAAAGGCAGAAAAGGACUCUAUGUGGUCUCCUGUUUGCUGAGCAACACCUCCAGUAAGCGUAAUUUGGCUUUCAGGCUUUUGUACUCCUGGUAUUCCUCCGCCAUGGGGAUUCGGUCAUCUUUUUGUGCGCUUCUUCAUCGUUUCGGUGAAGGGGAAACACAUAAAAAACACAUAUAAGUUAACCCUUGAGUUGCCUUACUGAAACGCUUUUGUACAUCAACAGACAGCAGAUAAAUGGAAGUGUUCUUAUUUUGAGAUACUGUGUACAGAAACAUGUCUUUCUUUCCUGCUGGAGUUAUUUUUGUGUAUUUUUGGUUAGAUGUGUGUUGUGUUAACUAUGCUGAACGCUUUUGAAUCUUUAUUUUCCUGUUUCCUUCCUGUCCAUGUUCAAAACAUAACACGAAAUCCCAUUAAAAUGUGUUAAUGAGA